AUGGCUUCCUCGACGCCAACCGCCGCGGGCGACCAGAGCCAUACCGAGCAGAGCAUUACAAAGAUACCCGACAUUCUUCCUCGUGAGCGCGUAUUUCCGAUUCAAAUUGGUGGCGAGCUCUUCAAGCUCUCUGGUGCCUCCCUUUCGUCCGACGCGCCCUCCUACUUUUCGCAGUACUUUCUGUGCCAGAUCAAAACAGCAGAAGAAAAUGGCCAAGACGUCGCCUCGAGCAUCCGCACCCUAUACAUUGACCGCGAUCCUGUCACUUUUGGCGACAUAGCGCUGCACUUGCAAGGCUACCACAUCAAGCCUCGCGACGGCACCCAUUUUGUGCGUCUCUUUGCUGACGCCCAAUUCUAUAAUUUGCCCAGACUCAUCUCCCAGCUGUAUGAGGAGAGCAUCUUUAUUUCGAUUGGCCACCGCGAGUUCCAGAUCCCGCGUGACGUUCUCACCGAUCCAGAAAACUCUCCCAAUUACUUUUCCCUAGGCUUCGGUAUGUCAUUCGCCCGACGCGACAUAGUUUUUCCCGGCCUCAACCGCGAAGGGUUGAUUCGGCCGCCCUCCAUUCUCCCGCCAUGUGUUCCAAACCGAAGCGCGGAUACUUUUGCGGAACUACUACGCCUACUACACGGCUACCCUGUCAACAUCCGAGACAAGGUUCAUCGUGAUGAACUGCUUCGCGACGCUCGAUACUACCAUUUCAAGGGUCUCGAACAGAAGCUCAUUCCCCACUCCAUCAGCUUCAACUCGCUACGACAGCGCAAUGAAAUUGUUUUGCGGCUAGAGAAUGUGCAGAAAAGUGGAAUCCACGUAGUUCACGACCGAGCUGAAGCGGUACUCGAAGAUGACAACCUGGUUGACUUUGACGAGACGUUGGCGGGUUGGGUCAACUACUCGCGGCCGUAUGUAGACGACGCUCCCGCGGAGCUUGUCCUUGAAAUUGGCGGCGAAGCAACUCAUAUUCACUUUACAACCGACGGACCACGGGCUGAAUUUUUUGGCGAAACACGCACCAGAGUGACCAAGCUCUUCGAAGUUAUUGCGACCAAGCUUGGCCUGCCGCCGACCACGCAGCCUCUAGGCUUGCUCAUGGCAUCAGGCGGAGCCCAAUCCUUGCCAGCGACGCCAGGAAAUACGCCAUUGAGCGAGGACCUCGUCAUGAUCAAGUUUGGACCUGAAGCUGCUGUGACGUUGGAUGGGCAAGACUAUGCAUACCCGCAGCCACAAUCGAUGGAGAACGCAGACUCUGCGAACACGAACUCGCGCAAACGCCGGCGCACAGAGUCAAUGACUGCAAGCGGGCCGCCUGAAGGGGAUAAAUGGACUAUUCAUCGAGGGCAAUGGAGGCUGCGAAUUCAGGGCAGCUUGCAAGGAAAAAGCAAUCUCGAGUGCGUCAUGGAAGUAGUCUGCCUAGAUGCUUUGAGCUCCGAGCUGGGGCGGAACAAGAAGAGGGGCUUUUUGAAGAAUUAG